AUGGCAUCAUCAUCAUACAAUGCUUUAGAUGAUGAAUUUGAUGAUACUUUUGAUGAAGUCUUCAAUCAACAAUUCGAUGAGACGCUCAACGCUGUUUUUAAUGAGCAAGCAGCAAGAAGGCAAAAGAAAAAACGUGCAUACAUUGAAAGAGAAUGCGAGCAAGGCCACAAUCGCUUGUGGAAUGAUUAUUUUUCUGAAGAUGCAACAUAUCCGUCAAAUCUAUUUAGACUUCGGUUCAGAAUGAACAAGGACUUGUUCUUGCGGAUUGUUCAUCGCCUCUCCAAUGAAGUUCCCAUUCGUAUGAUGGCUUACGGUUGUGCAGCAGACGCGGUGGACGAAUACCUCCGUCUAGGUGCAAGUACUGCACUUUUAUGCUUGGAUAAAUUCACAGAAGGAAUAAUCCAAUUGUUUGGAGAUGAGUACCUGAGAAGACCCACACCAGAAGAUCUUCAACGCUUGCUAGAUGUUGGAGAGAUAAGAGGGUUUCCUGGGAUGAUAGGAAGCAUCGAUUGUAUGCACUGGAAGUGA